CAGAGAAGAAGAAAGAAAUAAAAAUAAAUAAAUAAAUAUAAAAAAAAAAAAUACAUCAUAGUAUCAUACAACUGCGAAUAAAACGACAUCGUCCAGACCGAGGCACCGAUUGAAGAUCAAGAACUGCGUGGUCUGAUUUAUUUGUUCAGCAUCUCUCCAGAGACUGAAACCCUAGCUUCCCCAAAUUGGGAAUUCAGUGAAACUUCUCUGGGAAAAACGCUACCAUUGAACAUAACCGUGGAACAAUGAAGAGGGGACUGAAAUGGAGCGACGGCGAGGAUGGUGAUACGUCGUCGUCCGGAGAUUCUUCAGCUCACGAUUCCGAUGCAGAAGAUGGAAAUGGGAGCUCGAAAACCCAAUCCUCAAAGUUCAAAGCUUCUCAAGUAGAAUCUGCGAAGAAGAAAAAAGGCAUAGACUUUGAAGCCUUGAGCAGGCACGGUUAUAAAGGAGGACUAUCGGUCUUGAAAGUGCCGGCACCAAAGGAACCCGAGAAGGAGCAAAACUGGUCUUGGUCCACAGGGAAAGACAAACAGCAGCAAAAGGGAGGAGAAAAAGAAGAAGAAGAAGAAUCUUACGAGGAACGAAUGAAAACGAGAGCCGCCUUAGCCAGUGGAGAGCGCCUUUUGAAUGUUCAGACUCGAAGUGAACGAAUUAAUGCUAACAAUUUGUCCUUUCAACAGAAGGAGAAAAGAAAACGGGACCUGGGCCAAGCUAGCAGGGGCAAGAGUUAUGUCGAGGAGGAAAAAAGGUUGCUGAGGGAAAGCGGUAUAUACUCUGGUUUCGAUUCUUGAUUUUUGUUGUAUUUACUCUGGUUUCGAAUCUUGAUCUAUGUGUUGAUUCGUAUCCGUGCAAGGUUUUGUGCUAAUGUAAUUGCAUUUCUUUGAAUGGAUGUCAAGUUGUGUUUGAUAUUGCAAAAUUAUUACUUUGGCUCAGGAUGAUUUACAUUUUUUGAGGUUGGGGGUAUUCUUAUUUUACUUGGUAUUUUGCUGAAAGGUGUAUAAUGUGUUAUGGGGAUGCAUAAAAAUCGGUUCUUGGUAGGUAAUUGUUUGGCAAAACCUGUAUAUUGAAGGUUGUCGAAAUUGCUGUACUCGAAAACAUAGUAACGAUUCAAAUUUCAAAA